CUGACGUUCGUGCAAACGCAAAACUGACAGUAGUUGGGCCAUGUAGUGAUUUACGCUUAUUAUUAAAGGAAAACGGAACGAUUAAAAGCGUUGUCGAUGUCGCGGAAACGUUCAUUGUGGUGACCAGCCUGGUUACGAACGAAAACAUAGUAUCGUGCGAAUCAUUUGGCGACGGAUAACCCGAAAAAAUUAACCAAGAUGGAGACACAGAGCUCACUUUCAUUGAUUCAACUGGACCGAAGGACUUGCUUAACGUAAACAUGCGGCACGGACACGGGUUCAGGCCGGGUAUAGAAUGCCAAUAGAAGACCGGACAAUGGGUUCUCAGGCUUUUGAAAUUCUUAGGCAGGGUGUUUGGGCCUCCCUUACAGGAGGGUGGUUCUAUGAUCCUCAUCAGGAUGUGUUUUGUAACACUUUCCACCUAUAUCUUUGGCUGUUUUUACUUUGUGUUCCUUUUACAAUUUAUGUUUAUUUCCCCCCAACUUUAUAUCUUUGGUAUGGUUAUUGCAUUUUGGCGGGAGCCGUAUUUGCUGGGAUAAAAUUGGUGAAUUAUGCUCUUCAUCAUAUGUACGAUACAACUGAAUGUGUUCAAGAAAAAGUGGAGGAGGAAUGGUCAGGUGAAAAACGAGAAGAAGAAGGAAUUGAAUUAGACGUUUUGAAUAAUAAACAACAACAAUCAGCAAACACCUUCUUACAUGACUUUACUGGUUCUUUAACUGAAGUGGGACCCUUAGUAAGCACAGACAUUGAUAGUGUUGAAUCGGAGGAGUUACAAAAAGUAGAAGCAGGCAAUAUUAAACAAACAAGUACAAUUGAUUUAAAAGCUGAAGUUCAUCGCAAAAAUUCGUCUGAAAGUAGUGAUGAAGGUCCAAUUUUUGAAAUUGUUACUAUCAAAACUGAUGGAAAUGAUGCAGAGAUAGCAGGGGCUGCUGCUCUUCCCGUGCGCACCAAACCCUCUAGACAAAUUGAACAAAAACGGAAUGGUGGUAAUAGAAACAUGAGGAAAUUACAUCGGCAAGCUAGUGUAGACUCACAGGAAGCUUCAAGUAUGAAGAAAUUGAGAGGUGGGUUAUUUACAAGACCUGAAAUGGAGAUGGAACCUAGUUGCUCUGCUACUCAUACACCUAGAAGACAUUCAAAUUUUACUAAUGGAAGUUUAUGUUUUAUUCCACAGGUAAGCGUCCGUGAAAAUGAAAUAAAACCAACGGGAUCGUUAGAAUUAGGGUACAUUGAUAAAAACCCAAAUCAAGCAUUAACAUCAGAAGGAGGUUUGUAUUUUAAUAGCAGUAAUAAAGGUCGCGUUCGGAGAAUACGAAGUACAGCUUUGGAAACGUGCUGUCCCCCGCCAACAUUAAGUGUUCAUCCAAAUAGUGUCGAAAUAAUCGGUGGAAACAUGAAAAAUUCAAAAAAUCCCUUACCCCCACCUAGCAGUACCUUAAUUCGAAAUCAACAUCUUAAUCUUUGUCCAUAUUACGGGUCAGAAAUUGUUUACCCAAUCGCCGAACAAUCAGACGAACACCAAACCUCGCAUGGUCCCGAUACUGAUUUAGAAUCCCUUAACCAUAAUUCCGACACAGAUUACGAAGAAAUCAAUCAAGGUAUACGAUCCCCGCUUCUUUUACGACUCCAACAUCACCCUGAAAGCUUAAAAAAAAUCCUUUCCAUAAAUGCACAUCAUCGCGAUAACAUCAAAGACAAUAUGAACGUAUGCUCAGUGCCGGAAGUGUUUCAUUACAAUUCGAAAAGUGACGAUCACGAACGGACAAGCGCCACGUCGAAAGAUGCUCUAUUAGAUAAUGACAAUUUAGACAAUUCGAAUUCGAGCGCUACGCCUGAAAUGCAAGACGCGCGUGCUGAUUUCAUGACCGAUAACGAAUUAAGCGACAAAAAAUCGCAUAGCGAGUGCUCGAAUUUGUCUUGUAGCAAUACAAGCGUUGAGUGUGAGGAUGGUGAUCAAAGAUUUAGCGUGAUCGUUUGUCGGGGGAAUAAUGUGGUUAAAUUACGGUCGAGUGCGGUUAAUACAGACGUGAUUGAUAGUUGCGUGGAUGAUAAUAAGUUUUUGGAUGAAGAUUGUGCGGGGCCUAAGUAUUUACCAGGCGAUGGAAAGGAUACGGGAGCUGUUAGAAAACGUUUAGCAACAAGGAGGGUGAAAAAGAAAAAAUCAAGUAAAGGGAAAACGUUGGGAAAUUGCUCUAGUUUAAUUGAAUUGGAUUUGGAUAUUCUUUUUGAUGAUGAAAAUAAUCAUCUUAGUCAUUGCAAAGGAACAGAUUUUCGAAAUCCUGAUUGGGCAUCGACAACUAAAGUAUCACUUGAACAAGAUGUAAGUAAAGUUCUUCAAGAAACCGUAUCCCGUCGUUCGGCGCACAGCUUAGGAGCAAUACCAAAGAAAAUCCGUUCAGCGAGUCAUCCAUCAGAAGAUUUAGAAAAACCCGCCCGUUACAUCGUAAAAAGCGAAUCGGAUCGAUCUGGAAGAAGACGUUCUGACCGCGAAGAAAGACAAUUUCACAGAAAUCGAUCGAUGCGAGAAAAUAAAUUGACCCAAACACUUAAACAAAACGAAAAUAGUUCCGUUGAAGGUUUGGAAUGUUUGGUUCUUCCAAAUGGACAUAACGGCCAUCAGUAUAGAGGGAGGAAUAAUGGGGGAAAUGUUAAGCAUAGAAACGAAGUUUAUCAUCAAGAAUCUUCGAGUGGAUCUAAUAAUGAAUUGAGUAGUUUGUUACCAACGCAAGCGUUAUUUUCUGCUUUUUUAGCGGCUAGAAGAGAUGGGCAAAGUAUGAUGGCUUAUGAUGGGAUGUUACAAAGACAUACACAAAGAUUUUCACCUCCAAGACAUUGCAGAUUAAGACGUAACGCAAGAGUAAGUAGAAGACCACAAAAUGGAAUUCGUUCCACUAUCAAUAAAAGAAUGCGUGAUACGGCGAUAGCAACGACUUUAUCAUCCGGUCAUGGUACUCAUUGUGCAAAAUCGUUUAACGAUACAAGCGACGGUUCAGUUCAUUGUUUCUUGGACGAGUACGGAAAUUGGGUAACAUAUACAUUCGACGAAAAAGGUUUGGGAACGGCGAAUAACACGACGAAUAAUUUGCCGGCGACCAGUGCAGAAGAUCGAACAAAUUCGAAAGCAGUUGAGGUUUGGAACAACCCCAUAGACUCCUUAUCAGUAAUUUCAGAUGCUUUAAAGGUGAGGAGUAGCAUGAUUCCGGUGAGGAUACAACGAGAAGAUAUUUCAAGGAGACAAAAUGAAUCAAAUACAACAAAUUCAACCGCACAAUAUAUGGAUGAAGGCUUUUUGAGGGAUAUGUAUUUGAUUAAUAAUGAAAACGAAGUGGAUAUGAUGCCAAGAAAUCGAUUUAGAAUAAUUCCAGCCGCUGAUACGUUAAAUAAUAAUUUUCCGGCGACGACUUCUUAUUAUAAGUUUAAAAUAUUCCCGUGGAGUUACAUAAAAGUCACUUUAGAUAGGUUAAAAUUAUUGGCUUUAUUAGAUAGGAAUUUAACGUUAUUCGAGACGUUGCUUUCGAUAAUUUUGGGGGUUUUAGUCUCGGUUUUAGGUGCUUCCUUGUUAUAUUUCGGUUUUUACAAAGACUUACAAUCGUUUUUAUUUUGUUUCGUUAUUGCAAGCUGCCAAUAUUCAUUGUUAAAAAGCGUCCAACCGGAUGCUGCGUCGCCAACGCACGGUUUUAAUCGAAUCAUCGCUUAUUCAAGACCUAUUUAUUUUUCAAUUUUUUCAACAAUCGUUUUGUUGCUAAAUUCGAAAAUAACGAACGAGGAGAGCUCCGAAGAAAUUAGUAUUUUUGAGUAUAAUUUUAACAAAGAAGAAUUUUUGAUUUUUUUUCGCGAUUUUUUUAUUGCCAUAAUUUUAUUUUUUCCACUUUCUUUUUCUUUGGGGUUAUUCCCACAAAUCAAUACGUUUCUUUUAUAUUUACUCGAACAAAUCGAUAUGCACUUAUUCGGCGGAAACGCCGUUUCAAGUUUGAGUGCUUCCUUUUAUUGCGUCUUCAGAUCAACAAUUGCGCUUAUUGUUAUGUUCGCUUUGGCUUACGGAGGACUUUGCGAACCAAAAAGAUCCCAACAUAUACUUUUUUCGGUUUUUUGUGCUUGCAUAAUCGCUUCAUCUUAUCAUUUAAGUCGAAGCGCAAGCGAUCCAACAAUCAUAUGGAAUAUGGUUAAAAAGAAUAUUUGGCCGCCCGAUGUUUAUCGAGAACAUCGCAAACAUUUAUCAAAAGAAAAAGAAAAAAGAAAUUGUGAUAAUAAUAAAGAAAAUAAAGAAGAAAAAAGCGAAGUUGAUGCAAAAUUAGAAUCAAAAAUUGAGAAGAUCAAUGCAAAAAUAGACGAAAAAAUUGAUGGAAAAUUGGAAAUUAAAGAUGAUGAUGAACCAGGAGAUCCAUUACCUCAUAAAUUACAAAAAACAGUUAAUGCCCGAUUAAAAAGCGACGUAAUUUUAUGUAGUUUAAUCGCUUUAUUGGUAUUUGGAGUUCAUGCUAGUACGGUUUUUACGGUUCUUCAACCCAAUUUGAGUCCAAUAAUGUGGUGUGUUUUGGGUGUGCUGGGAUUUUUACUUCAUUACAUUGUGCCACAGCUACGCAAACAACUUCCUUGGUUAUGUAUAGGAAGACCAGUUCUUAGAGCGCAAGAAUAUGAUCAUUAUCAAGUUAGGGGACCUGCUAAAAUAAUGUGGUUUGAAAUUGUUUACGUAUAUCUUUGUUUUUUUGAACGAAAUAUUUUAUACCCAAUAAUGUUUUUAUCGGUUCUUACUGAAGAGGCACCAAUUUUAGUAACAAAAUUUGAAAUAAUCCAAGGAACUUUUAUCAUGGUUAUAUGUGGAUUAAAAUGUUUAAGAUCGACUUAUUCAAACCAACACUUUCAAUAUCUCAUCUUAACUUUUUCCGCAUUACUUUUUAAAUACCACUAUGGAGUUUUUCAACACAGCUUUUUAAUAAAUUUUUUUUUAAUGAGUGUUGUUUUUCAAAAAACUUACGAAUUAUUACUUAAGCUUCAAUUUAUCGUAACAUACAUAGCACCAUGGCAAAUAACGUGGGGUUCAGCAUUCCAUGCAUUCGCCCAGCCGUUUUCUGUGCCGCAUUCAGCGAUGCUUUUUCUUCAAGCUGUUAUUUCUUCAAUCCUUUCGAGUCCAUUAAACCCUUUUUUAGGCAGCGCAAUUUUUUUAACAUCCUACGUCCGCCCUGUUAAAUUUUGGGAGCGGGAUUACAACACAAAACGAGUUGACCAUUCAAAUACGCCUCUUUCAUCACAUUUAGAUCGAAAUUUAGGGGCUGAUGAUAAUAAUUUAAAUUCAAUUUUUUAUGAACACCUUACUAGGAGUCUUCAGCACUCAUUGUGUGGUGAUUUAAUAAUGGGACGAUGGGGGCCGGUUAAUCAAGGCGAUUGUUUUGUGUUAGCAUCGGAUUAUUUGAAUUGUUUGGUGCAUAUUAUUGAAAUGGGAAAUGGAUUAGUUACGUUUCAAAUGCGCGGGUUGGAGUUUCGGGGUACUUAUUGCCAGCAAAGAGAAGUUGAGGCUAUUACGGAAGGAGUUGAAGAAAACGAUGGGUGUUGUUGUUGCGAUCCAGGGCAUUUACCGCAUAUGUUAAGUGUUAACGCGGCGUUUAGUCAACGCUGGUUAGCUUGGGAAGUUACAGCUUCAAAAUAUAUAAUUGAAGGUUAUAGUAUUUCGGAUAAUAAUGCGGUUUCGAUGUUUCAAUCGUUUGAUUUGAGAAAAAUUAUUAUAACUUAUUAUGUUAAGAGCAUAAUUUUUUACACAAUUCGUUCCCCAAAAUUAGAAGAGUGGUUAUCUUUGACUUCGAUUUUUAAAGGAUUAGAGCCAAUCGCCGACAAAAACUUUGUUGAUUUAGAUCCGAUUUUUAAUUUUAACAUCGACGAAGAUUACGACGCUGCAAGUGGAGGGAUGACGCGAAACAUGUUUUGUCAUGUUUACAACGAUUGGAUAAGUUUUUGCGUUGAUAAAAAUCGUAAAAACCUCGAUACCUCACAAAACUCGACUUUGGUCCUUUUAUGUUUUGCUUUAAGUCUUUUAGGACGAAGAUCUUUAGCGACUGCAUCACAUAACACACUUUCGACGGUUGAAUUCUUUCUUUAUGGACUUCACGCUUUAUUCAAAGGCGAUUUUCGCAUCACUUGCCCAAGAGAUGAAUGGGUUUUUACCGACAUGGAUCUUUUUAAGAAUGUUGUAGCACCGGGGGUUCGAAUGUCGUUAAAACUGCAUCAAGAUCAUUUCAUGGCAUCGGAAGAAUACGAAGAACUCCCUGCUUUAUACGACGCGAUUUGCAAGCAUGAAGAAGAAUUGGUUAUCACCCACGAAGGUGAUCCGGCGUGGAGGAGCGCUGUUUUAAGUGGAACUCCAAGUUUGCUUGCGUUAAGACACGUUUUAGAUGAUGGCACAGACGAGUACAAAAUUAUUAUGUUAAAUAAAAUGUAUUUAAAUUUUCGGGUUAUAAAAGUAAACAAAGAAUGUGUAAGAGGAUUAUGGGCUGGACAACAGCAAGAAUUAGUUUACUUAAGAAAUCGAAACCCCGAAAGGGGGAGCAUACAAAAUGCUAAACAAGCGUUAAGAAACAUAAUAAAUUCUUCUUGUGAUCAACCAAUUGGUUACCCAAUUUACGUCUCGCCUUUAACAACAAGUUACGCGGAAACCAACGAACAACUCUGCAGCUUAGUAGGGGGUUCAAUCAGCCUUGGAAAAAUCCGAAACCACCUGUUAGAAUUAUUCCGCAAAAUUCGAAAACGAUGUGGGGAAGGUUGUUCUAGCGGAAGUUCGGGAAGAGAUGAAUUAGGAAUGGGACACGAAGGCGUUUACGCGAUGACUCCAAUUGCAGCUUUAGGACAUCACACGGCCGGAAGUCAAAGUAUAGAUGGUUCGCAUUUAGGGGGAAGCAUCGGAAGGGGAUCAUCGUUGAGUCGAACUUCUUUAGGUGGAAAUCGGGGAAGUUUAGCUUCAAUGGGAAAACCUACGAGUUCUACGCUGGUUAGUUUAGCGGGAUUAUUUAAAGAAAAAGAUGAGAGAUCAGUUUCGCAAGCUCCAGAUGGUCAAGGAAGAGGGGAUGAAAGGAAUGGAGAGGGGGAUGGUGAAAAAGAAAUGACUUUACAUAGAGUUAGGAUUGAAGACCCCAAUUUGGUUUAUGAUUGUAUUAAUCUUGGGAGAAGAAUCGAUGUUUGUUGGCCUAAUGAGUAUAUGAGAGCGCGAGGGGGAAGGUCUCAUUGGAGAGAUUGGUUGCCAGAAACGGGGAUGGAAGGACAGGUUGUUCAUAAAUGGAGUCCUUACCAUAAAGAUCCAAGUAAAAGAUCUCACGUGGAUAGGACGAUACUUCUUAUACAAAUUGAAGAUAAAUUUGUACCAAUUGCUGAAAGUGGGGUGCAAGAUUUAGGGGCUGAGGUAUAGUGGUACGUUAAUUUUAAAAGAAAGAAUGAACGAAAUAAAUUAAUAAUCAAAAAAAUACUAAUUAUUAAAGGGAGAGAUGAAUAUUGAUGUUUAUAACAUGAAAUGGUGUAUCUAAUGUAAAAAAAAAACUAAACUGUAAAGUGUAUUAUAAAAAAAUAUAAUAUGCGGAAAUAAUAAUAAAAUAAA